AUGAGUCGGUUUUUCGCAACUGGAACGGAUUCCGAAUCCGAAAGUUCAAGUGAAGAAGAGCAGGUAGUCCGUGCACCAGCGCCAGUAUACACUUUUAGCGAUGAUGAAGAAGAGACAAAGCGUGUGGUACGUUCCAUGAAAGAGAAGCGUUAUGAAGAAUUGGAGGGUAUCAUACAUUCACUGCGCAAUCACCGUAAAAUCAAGGACUUCUCAUCAGCCUUAGCAUCAUUCGAAGAGCUACAGCGGGCAUAUACGCGCGCUGCCCCAGUUGUUCAGAAAGAGGAAAAUGGAAUCGCCCCUCGAUUCUUUAUCAGGGCCUUAGUUGAGCUGGAUGAUUGGGUGGCAGGUGCUUGGGCAGAUCGCGACAGUAGAAAGACGUUAUCUAAGGGUAAUAGUAAAGCUCUCACAUCCUUACGGCAGAAACUCAGGAAGUAUGAGAAAGAUUUUGACGCCGAGAUAACGAAAUUCCGUGAAAACCCUGAUUUGCCCGAUGAUGAUGAAGAACGCAAAGAUACUUCAUCAUCCGAUGAGUCUGACGAUGAAGAUAAGCCUAAGGAGAAGGUUCGAGUGCGUCGCUCUCCUGAACCCCCACGCCGUCCGCCACCUCAAGAUGACGAGUCAUCCGACUCGAUGGACUGGGGCUCGAGUUCCUCUGACUCCAGUUCUAGUUCCGAUGAUGAAGCUCGUGGGGCGACCACUUUAAGGGAGCGGUUCCUAAAGAGAACUACCGAGAGGGAUGAAGACGAAGAGAGGGACAGACGUCGCGCGAGACGAGAGAGGCGCGAGAGGGGGGCUGGUAAAAUCAGCAAGAGGGACCAGACUGACGAUGGUGGUGAAUGGGAGACCGUGAGAAAAGGCGCGGCUACUUCUGACAAGCCCAAGAUGUUUGCAAAGGAUAGCGACAUCGACGCCGCUCUGGUAGUGAAGAAGCUGGGUGAGAUUAGUGCGGCCCGCGGCCGUAAGCGUACCGACCGUCGCGCGCAGCUGGAGCUGCUGCAUGAGCUGCGCACGGUCGCCCAACAGCACAACCUGGGGGACGCUCUGCAGCUAAAACUGCGCGCGGCAACCGUCGCCGCUCUCUUCGACUACAACCCCAAGGUGUCCGACGCCAUGAAGCCCGAGUACUGGUCGAGGCUGGUAGAGAACGUCGACCACAUGGUCACCAUCCUGCUGGCGAACGAGAAUAUGGUCCUCAGCGAGACGAUCACGGAGGACCACGAGGAACUCGUCACGCCACCCUACCGUGUGCGCGGCUGCGUGUUGACGGCCCUCGAGCGGCUCGACGAUGAGUUCACCAAGCUACUGAAGGAGUGCGACCCUCACUCUAACGAGUACGUGGAGCGACUGAAGGACGAAGUGCGCGUCUCCGCUCUAAUCGACCGUGUCUGUCAAGUGGUCGAGCGUGACGGCUCGCCGCAGGAGAUCUGCCGCGCUUAUCUGCGCAAGAUAGAUCAUCUGUACUACAAGUUCGAUCCGCGCGCGGUGCGUAAGGAUCUGCCCCCUGGCGAGGAAACGACGAUUAAGAAAAUGGAACGCUUUUGCAAAUAUAUUUACGCGCACGACGAGACCGAUCGUCUCCGCACUCGCGCCAUCCUGUCGCAUAUAUACCACCACGCUCUGCACGACAACUGGUUCCAAGCCCGCGAUCUGCUGCUCAUGUCCCACCUCCAAGAGACGGUCCAACAUUCCGAUCCGAGCACUCAGAUCCUGUACAAUCGUACGAUGGCCAAUUUGGGCCUGUGCGCAUUCCGCCGCGGCAACGUGAAAGAGGCGCACGGAUGCCUAGCGGAGCUGAUGAUGACCGGAAAGCCGAAGGAACUGCUCGCCCAAGGUCUGCUGCCGCAGCGUCAGCACGAGCGCUCCAAGGAGCAGGAGAAGAUCGAGAAGCAGAGACAGAUGCCGUUCCAUAUGCACAUUAACCUGGAACUUCUCGAGUGCGUGUACCUGGUGUCCGCGAUGUUGAUUGAGAUUCCGUACAUGGCGGCGCACGAGUUCGACGCUCGCAGGCGAAUGAUCAGCAAAACGUUCUAUCAGAACUUGCGCGCUAGCGAGCGACAAGCCCUCGUGGGGCCCCCCGAGUCCAUGAGGGAGCACGCCGUGGCGGCCGCGAGGGCGAUGCGCCGCGGCGACUGGCGCGCCUGCCUCAACUUCAUCGUCAACGAGAAAAUGAACGCAAAGGUAUGGGAUUUGAUGGUUGGCGCGGACAACGUGCGUGCGAUGCUCGGCCGUCUCAUUCGCGAGGAAUCACUGCGCACUUACCUGUUCACAUACGCACACGUGUACGCCUCUCUGUCUCUUCGCUCGCUGGCGGAUAUGUUCGAGCUGCCACGUCAACGUGUCCACUCUCUGGUCUCCAAGAUGAUAAUAAACGAGGAGCUGCUAGCGUCCCUAGAUGACCCCAGUGAGUGCGCCAUACUCCAUCGCUCGGAGCCGACAAGGAUGCAAGCGCUGGCGCUGCAGCUUGCCGAUAAGGUGGGUAACCUUGUCGACUCGAACGAGCGGAUCUUCGAGAAGCAGGGCUCCUUUUUCCAGCGGGGCGGGGCUGGGCGCGGGGAGGGCCGCCAGAGGGAACGUCCCAGAGACGGAUGGAACCGUCGCCAGCGCAAUCGCCGUCGCGACGACGAGCGCGGCCACGACGAU